AUUUGUUUUUCCUGACGAUAAUAGGAAGUAGCCCUCAGAAACACGGUGAGGUGUAAGUAGGUGUAAUGGCAGAUUUGUCGUUGUAUUUGGCGAAUGUCAAUGUUACAUUGGGACAAACUAUGGAAACUGAAAAGAGUACAGGAGGGGAAGCAGAAUUUGAUACUGUGGAGAUGGGGGACCCCGUGGGAACGCCAAGGAAGGUGAAGGUUCCUCGCAGAACCAUUUACUUUGCCAAUGGAGAGACCAUGGAGGAGUACAGCACUGAUGAAGAGGAGGAAGAGGAGCAGACUGCAAAGAAAGAAGUUAUUUCUGUAGAUCCGUCCAAACUGACCUGGGGUCCUUACUUCUGGUUCCAAAUGUGGAGGAUGGCCACCUCCACUGUAUCAGUAUGUGACUACAUGGGAGAGAAACUGGCCUCUCUCUUUGGCAUCACUACACCUAAGUACCAGUAUGCCAUAGAUGAGUACUACCGUAUAAAGAAAGAGGAGGAGGAAGAGGAGGAGGAGAAUCGUCUGGCAGAGGAGGCGGAGCAUCGGUUUGGGGAGCAACAGAGAGGCAAGCGGGGCGAUCCCACAGCUCCUCGUCUGGCUACGGUGGAGCAGCCUGAGGUGUCUCCGGCCUCCUUUGUUAACAUCAGCUUCGAGCUCGAACCUGAGCCUCCUCUCAGCAACCAAGACCCCAACAGAGUCCCGUCUCCUCUCCCCUCCUGAAGAGUGACGGUGGCAAACAGAAACCUCCAAAACACACACACACUUCUGUUAGCUGACAACCCGUUAAUCUACCCAGCUAUGUAAACUAAUAGUUUUGUUAUUUUUUUUACAUUUUUUUUUAUUUUAUAAAGGAAGAUCUUGGAGUGCAGGGAAACAUAAAAAGGGCUGGAGAUGGCUGCACUAGCCUGACUUGUGAAUGUAUAUCUGUGUAUGGCAGGGACUGAUAUAUGUACUUAGGCUGUUAAACAGGGUCUAGGUUCAGCUCACUUUAAAAUGAUGAAGUAGAUCCUCAAGGCAACAGUCAAUUAUUAAUUACAGACUGGUGUGAAAAUCCAUCCAGAACUGAACAAAAAUAAGAGAGAGAGUUGGUCCUACCCCCUCUGCUAAACAGAAACACGUUAUGUUAUAGUUGUUGCCUCACUGAUAUGCCAAUGAAGAGAUUGAGUAGUUUUGCACUCUUAUCCAGUUCAGCCUGUCUUUGCUGCACUGUCAUCUCUGGACAGGCUUCAGAAAAAGCCUUAACAUGUUUAUAGAAGACAAACCGAUAGACCUUGUAUAUUAACUUAUAUAUUCUUAUAGGACUGUGUAUUAAUAUUUUGGGUUUUCAAGGUUAGAAGUAGUUACAAAAUGAAGACUAAAGCGUUUCAGUACAUGUUAUAUAGUCUGUUAAUCAGUCUCUUAGAUGUUUAUGAGUGAAUCGUGACCCUUCACCUUUGCAUGCUUACCUCAUUCAUACUUGAUCUUUCCUGCCGCGGUGUUUUGAUUCAUAAAAGAUGCUCGGUGUAAAAAUAAAAAACGUCAAAUUUGUGCACAUAGCUCUGUUUACACACCUGUGUUGUUUUGGUGUGAGAUGCCCAAUUUUCGAGGUAUCUGAUGCAAAGAUUUCUGCCUCUCUGACGUUACUGCCGAACCGCCAACCAUAACUCUCCAGUUACCCGUCACCAGAGGCUCAAGAUAGCGUGAAAUGUAAAUGCUCUCAGCUGAGCAGUACCAAGCUGGCUGAGCUCAGCUGCACUGUUAUUUUCACUGGCGAAUGUAGAAAGUACAAAGAAAAAGAGUUCCUAAAUGAAACAGCUUGCAUUUCAUCCUGGGUUUUUUAAUGUUUUUGUGAUUUGAUCAUCAUGAGAGGAGCGUCGUUUUAGUUCUUUAUAUAAAAGAGAAGGAAGACAUUUCUACAGUCUUAAACAGCAAUUUAUAAAAAGCCAGACAGAUCAGAGGAGUAAUCCAAAUGAUUUGGGGGUAAACUGGCCCUUUAAGGAGGCACCUGCGCUGUUCACAUAUA